CAGGAGCGCCUGUCCCACCUGCGCCGCAAGGCGGGCGAGUACCGUGCGCUGAAGGCUGCCCUGCGCGCCCGCGCCGCGCCCGCCGAGCUGGCCCAGGUGGGCGCCGCCGUGCGCAAGGACGUGGUGCGGACCGACCGCGCCCACCCCUACUUCGGGGGGCCCGAGGAGGGGCACCCCCACCUGCUGGCGCUGCAGGAGCUGCUGACGGCCUUCGCCCUGGCGCACCCGCGCCUCUCCUACUGCCAGGGCAUGUCGGACGUGGCGGCGCCGCUCUUGGCCGUGCUGGACGACGAGGCCCAGACCUACCUGUGCUUCUGCUCCCUGAUGCGCCGCCUGCGCCCGCGCUUCCGCCCGGGGGGCCGCGGGCUGGCCCGGGCCUUCGCCCACCUGCGGCGGCUGCUGCGGCGCGCGGACCCCCCGUUCUGGGCCUUCCUGGCGGCGCGGGGGGCCCACGACCUGCUCUUCUGCUACCGCUGGCUCCUGCUGGAGCUCAAGCGCGAGUUCGCCUUCGAGGACGCGCUGCGGGUGCUGGAGGUCACCUGGAGCUCGCUGCCCCCCGCCCCGCCGCCGCCCCCCGAGGGGGUCCCGCUCCUGGGGGCGCCGCUGGGACCCCGGCGCGCCCGACGGGCGCUGAGGGAGCGCCGGGCACUGCGGCCCAGACCCCCCCGCGGCAGGAGGAGGAGGAGGAAGGGGGAGAAGGAGGAGGAGGAGGAGGAGGAAGGAGCGGGGGGCGGAGCAGUGGGGGGGUUGGGGGGGGCUGAGAGCACUGGUGGUGGCACUGGGGGUCCUGAGGACGUCCCCGAGGGUCCCAAGAGCUCCAGUGAUGUCCCUGAAGGUCCCGAGGACGUCCCUGAGGGUCCCAAGAGCUCCAGUGACGUCCCUGAAGGUCCCAAGGAUGUCCCCGAGGGUCCCAAGGACGUCCCUGAGGGUCCCAAGAGCUCCAGUGAUGUCCUCAAAGGUCCCAAGGACAUCCCUGAGCGUCCCAAGUGCUCCAGUGAUGUCCCUGAAGAUCUCAAGGAUGUCCUCGAGGGUCCCAAGAGCUCCAGUGACAUCCCCAAGGGUCCCAAGGAUGUCCCCGAGGGUCCCGAGAGCUCCAGCGAUGCCCAAGAUGGUUCCAAAGCCCCCCCAGGUGUCCCAAAGGGUCCCAAGAGCUCCAGGAACGUCCAGGAGGGUCCUGAGAACUCCACAAACAUCCCAGAGAGUCCCAGGGACAUCCAGGAGGGUCCCAAGAGCUCCAGGAAUAUCCAGGAACGUCCCAAGAGCUCCAGAAAUGUCCCCAAGGGUCCCAAGAGCUCCAGGCACCUACCCAAGUGUUCCAAGAGCCCCAAAGACCCCGAUGGCUCCAAGGACGCGGCUCGAGGUCCUGGCGGUCCCAGGAAGGUCGAGGAAGGCACCGACGCCCUUGAGAUCGACCAACAGCCCAACUUCUCGGGGGGGGUUGGAGAAGAACCCAGAGAGGGAUGUGGUGACCCCAGAGAGGGACACGAUGACCCCAAAGGUGGACACGAUCCCAGAGAGGGGCGUGAUGACCCCAGAGAUGGACACAGUGACCCCAGAGAGGGCCACGAUGACCCCAAAGAGCGACACAGCCCCAGAGAAGGACCCGAUGACCCCACAGGGGGACGUGGUGACCUCAAAGAGGAACACGACCCCAGAGAAGGACACGGUGACCCCAAAGAGGGACACGAUGACCUUGGACAACGUGACGGCCCCGGGAAGAGACGCGAUGACCCCAGAGAUGGACGUGGAUGCAAUGACCCCAAAGAGGGACACGGGGACCCCAGAGAUGGACACAAUGACCCCAGAGAAGGACACAACGACCCCAAAUAUGGACAUGACCCCAGAGAGGAACCCGAUGACCCCAGAGAGGACCGCGACGACCCCGCAGAGGUUCACGGCGACCCCACGGAGGACCCCGACGCCCACCCCGACCCCACCGCCGAAGACCCCUGGGGCGGCCGCUGGGCCUGGGAGGACUCCGGCUCCUCCUCCUCCUCCUCCUCCUCCUGCUCCUCCUCCUCCUCCUCGUCGGACGAAGAGCUGGGGGUGGAGGACGACGGGGCCCCGCUGCCGCCGCCGGAGGAGCUGGGCCAGGGCAACCCCUUCCUGCUGUUCGUGUGCCUGGCCAUGCUGCUGGAGCAGCGCGACGCCGUCAUGGCGCGCGCCGGCGACUACAACGAGGUGGCCAUGCACUUCGACCGCCUGGUGCGCCGCCACCACCU